AUGGAGGAUUCGACGUUAGCCUCUUUUUCUCCUGGUGUUUGCAGGGUCCUCCGAGCGGCGCAGAAACUGUCCACUCAGAGGGCCUACCGUUAUAAAUGGGACAAAUUUGUCGAAUUUCUCAACGACAAAAACAUUUUGUUGUCUCUGGUAUCUCUUGCCAAUAUAUUGGAAUUCUUAAUGUCUCUGUCAGACUUGGGCCUUUUGCUCAGUUCCAUCAAGGGAUACCUUUCUGCUAUCUCCUACCAUUAUGUUUCUGAAAAUAAACCAUCUCUGUUUAGGGACCCGUUUGUGAAGCGGUUCCUAAAGGGGUUAAAUAAGUUACACCCUCCGUGCUCCAUGCCGGCCCCGGCAUGGAGCCUUGACUUAGUUCUGUCCAAGCUGGCACUUAAACCCUUUGAACCUAUGGCCACGGCUGACUUAAGAUUAGUAACUUGGAAGACAGCAUUUUUGGUGGCCAUCAUGUCCGCUCGCCGGGCUGGUGAGCUAUGUGCCUUGAGGGCUGACUACCUUAGAUUCCAUAAGGAUAAGGUGGUUCUCAGGACAGAUAUUUCUUUCCUUCCUAAGGUAGUAUCACCCCUUCACACAAGCCAGGACAUUGUGUUACCUACCCUUGCCCCGAACCCGACGUCUGAGGAGAAACGUCGGAUUCAUGCCUUAGAUGUCAGGAGGGCAUUAGCCUUCUAUUUGGACAGAACCUCUGGUUCAAGAUCCACCAACAGAUUUUUUGUUUGCUAUUCUGACCCGAAAAAAGGCUUGCCGGUUUCCCCUCAGAGGUUUUCUAAGUGGAUAAUGAAUGUCAUUCACCUCUGUUAUGAACUCUCAGGAAGACCCUGUCCCGAAUGGGUUCGGGCUCAUACAACUAGGGUGGUAGAGGCAUCCUCUGCCUUUCUAAUGGGGGUCCCCUUAGAAGAAAUUUGCAAAGCGGCUAUAUGGUCCCAGUCCUUAACAUUUGUCAGGCACUACAGGCUGUAUACCAGGGUUAGACAGGAUGCAGCCUUUGGGAGGGCAGUGCUGUUAUCUGGUUUGCAUUGAAAUGUUCAUGGUUUCAGCGAAUAUUACGCUGACUGCGUUGUGUUGUGUUGUAUACAAAUAAAAAAGUUUAUUCUUUGCCACUCCCUCCUCCAAUGACUUAAGCAUGCUAGUGUAACCCAUUUGUGUGAUUCGCAGAGACCACGAAGAAGAAGGACAG